CACUCAAUCAUUCACAAGUUAUAAUAAAAGAUCACCAUCACCACUGACAGGAGCAACAAUUAAGAUGAAUAACAACAGAGAUAAGAGAUGGUCUCUCCAUGGAAGCACUGCUUUGGUUACAGGAGGCUGCAAAGGAAUCGGUCAUGCCAUAGUAGAAGAACUAGCCAGCUUGGGCGCCACUGUGCACACAUGCGAUCUAAAUGAACUGGAGCUUAACCAAUGUCUACAACAAUGGCAAGAACUGCAAUUCCCUGUCACUGGUUCAAUUUGUGAUGUGUCAUCCAGAGAUGACUGCAAGAAACUCAUGGAAAGAGUCUCUGCCAUGUUUCAUGGGAAACUCAACAUCCUUGUCAAUAAUGCAGGCACAGCAUUUACAAAACCAAAUGUGGAUUUCACUGCUGAAGAUUACUCAUUCAUUAUGAAUACCAAUUUUGAAUCAGCCUUUCAUCUGAGCCAACUUGCUCACCCUCUCCUUAAGGUUUCCGGCUCCAGUAGCAUCGUCUUCAUAUCCUCCAUUUCCGGGCUCGUCGGGGGUAGUCAUUUAUCUCUCUAUUCAGCAAGUAAAGGAGCGAUAAAUCAAUUGAUGAAAAAUCUUGCUUGUGAGUGGGCAAAGGACAACAUCAGAUGUAAUUGCAUUGCCCCUGGGCAUAUCAACACCCCUCUUAGAAGCUUGAUGGUUAGGUGCUUGAAAAUAAAGAGAUUCUCAACAAAGAAAUAUCUCUUAUUCCUUUGGGACGUAUCGGUGAGCCAGAGGAGGUAGCGUCUCUUACUGGAUUUCUCUGCUUGCCCGUUUCUUCAUACAUUACAGGUCAAGUUAUAUGUAUUGAUGGAGGGCGUUCAACCAAUGUUCUAUGGUGAAUAAUGAAAGUUUAAUGUUCAAUGUUUUAUGGUAUGUUAGAAUGUUUGCACCAAUUUAACCCUUUUAAGUUUGUGAUGAAUAAUGAAGUUUAACUUUCAAUGCUUUGUGGUAUCUUAAAAUGUUUGCACUAAUUGAGCCUUCAAUGGGAAAUGAGGGAGAAGGAUAUAUAUGUACUUGUGUGCUUGGAUGGAGAAAUAUGAAAAUAAGAUAUCUCAUUAUUUUGGUGA